AUCACAAUGAUUCAAGGACUACCUCGCAGAAAGGGGAAUUAAGAGGCUCAUCACCGUUCCCUACGCUCACCAAAAAAACGGCGUAGUAGAGAGGAUGAAUCGGACCCUACAGAACAACAUGAGGAAGUUAUUGACCGGGAUGCGACUACCCAACUCGCAGUGGCCAGAGGCGAUGACUCACGCCGUCAUGCUACAGAAUCUCCUGUCGUCAAGCUCCUUACCAAACAACGCAUCACCACAUCUGCUGUGGACAGGGAAGCAAGGCAGCACAAAAUUGUUAUGAGUGUUCAGGUGCAUGGUACAGUACCGUCCACACACUGCAAGAGCUGGACGAUUUUCGCAGCGGGCAAGAUGGGGUCUACACCUCGGUGUGGAAAAACACUACAAGGCCUGGAAAAUCUUUGACGUCGAGGAUAAGGAAACCGUUAUGGCACGUGACGUGAUUUUCUACGAAAACCUCACGUUCAAUCAUUACCUGGAGACUAUCGCAGCCAAUUGGGACCCAUCCGGUGGCUUUGCUGGAGCACGCGCGUUCGCCUCGACCGAAGAAGAAGCUGACCUGGAGGAGCAGAACAUCCCUGAUGCGUCAGCAGUUGCAGGACCAGUUCCCUACUGCUUCAUCGACAUGCAGAUGGACGACGAUAACCCUCGCAAAAGUGCGAAUGCCGAAGCCUACUACCACUUCGCCGACAUUGGUUACAUAACACCCGACAACGUCGACACAAAUGUCUCAGAACGCGUAGGACCAGGUUUCGUACCUAAUCCUGAAGUAGGCGACGAAGCAUCUUAUCCCGAGGAUCCAACCCUCCCCCGCUACACCAAGACUGGACUUCAAAUCCUCGGACUGGUAGCAGCGGUGCAUCCUCUGUCACCGUCGCCAGUUGAGGAGCCGAAGACUGUCAAGCGAGCGCUGCAAAGGCCAGACAGGGAGAAAUGAGGGAGUCAAUGGACAGGGAAUUAGCGGCGCUACAUGAAAGAAACACCUUCAAAGCUGAUCCCGAUCUCCCAAACCAAGGGAAAAACAAUCCUGUCGGGAAAAUGGGUGUUCCGAGUAAAAACCAAGGGAGAUGGAACCCUUGUUCGCUUCAAAGCACGAUGGGUCAUUCGCGGAUUCGAACAGCAGUACGGCAGCAACUAUACGGAGCCGUUUGCUCCUGUCAGCCGCCACGCUUCCCUUCGAAUCCUCCUCGCCGUCGCUCGUCGCCUUCCCCUGCGCCAAAUCGACGUUGCCACCGCCUUCCUCUACGCCCCAGUCGACGCCGACAUCUUCGUGGAGCAGCCCCACACCUAGGUCGACGACCCAACGAUGGUCUGCCAACUGCUCAAAUCCCUCUACGGGAUCAAGCAGGCUCCGCGCCUGUGGCAGCAGUACCUGCACUGCAUCCUCACCGACAUGGGCUUCGCCCAGCUACCGCACGACCAGGGCAUGUAUUGCCCGUCCCGCAGCGGCGACUAUGUCCUGCUGAUCAUCUAUGUGGACGACCUGCUCUACAUUGGCUCCACCACUUCCAUCACGAUCUAGUUUGAAGGCGAGCUGGAACUCCAGCUCACAAUCACGAUCGAAGUACGCCGACACCAUCACUCGCUGAUUCGAUCUGUCCCCGCUACCUCUCGCUACUCCGUACACCUACGCGCUGCCAGCACCCGCGUUGACCGCCUCACUACUCACACCGGCUGGGAUUUAGGAGCUCGGCUGUCUGCUGUUCGCCGCCGUCACCUGCCGUCCUGAUCUCUCCUACGCUGCUAGCCAGCUUGCUACAUACCUUAAGCGACCUGAAGGGGGGAAUCUGGCGGAACUCGACCGCGCGCUCCACUACUUAGUCUCGACCCUGACGAUCAGACUAACCUACCACAAGAACGCCGCGACUAAAACCGAACUCAUCGGCUACGUCGACGCCGAUCACGCCAGCGAUAAGGACAACCGCCGUUCAUGCACCAGCUUUAUCUACCGCCUGGAACCUAUCAAAAAUAUCUCCUGGCACUCGGGAAAGCAGAAAUAAAUCGCCCUCUGCGUAGCUACAAAGGAAGGACUGUGUGCGAGCUGCUCGAAGAGGCGAAGAAUCCCGAGUUACCGACCUUCUCUCUCUGCUGCGACAACCAAUCGGCAAUCAGAAUCGUAAAAAAAAAAAGGAUUCGCGAACGGGAAGAAGCACAUCUCGCUUCGUGACUACUUCGUCAAGGACGAAAUCGAGCAGGGCCGCCUCCAAUUGGUCUACUGCCCCACCACCGAAAUGGCAGCUGACUACUUGACCAAGAAGCUGAUGAAGGCCAAGUUCCAGUACUGCAUGCUGCUGAUUGGACUGCAACACGUCAGUGACAUCGACCAUAUCGACACUCCAGAAAUGAAGGAGGGUGUUGGAAAUGAUAAAAGGACUUAAGGCAUUUUCGGAGUCUUGCGUGAGUAUACGAAAUACAUAAAGACUACAACAGCGAGGAUAACCGAGUCAACACCGCUACAGUUACCCUGACGAUUCACGCAGUUUGACGACACCUCACAGAGGUUAUUAAAAGGGCAAUGGUCACAGAUCGUUGACCGUGCAACCCAACAGUCAGAAUCACAAGAGUCAAGAGUCAGCGCGACAGUAAGGAAAAAUAACCGUCUCGAUAUUACAGUACGGGUGGUUACCCAAGUCGCCUUUAUCGAGCCGUAAAUGGGAAUGUACCCCUCGAAGUGCAAAACAGUUAGACUCUUCAUAUUCUCUUGUAUUGUUAUAUGAACAUUGUAUCCCUUUGCUAUCAUCAAGCACUUUGUAAGGAAUUACAAUUCCUUACUGGGGCUCGCCACAGCAAGUACACGCAAACAGUUCGCGUCCCCAGGCUCGGCCCUCAAGUCACGCGCCAAACCAGCCCCCGCCGACCUCGUCGGCCCCAACCUGAUCUCGAGUCGCCCCGAACCCAUUUUGACCCCGUCACCCUCGGAACUAUUGAGCCGUUGACUGGUCCAACCCUCGACAUUCAACCCUGGUCAAUCGCCCUAUAUAUUGCGUAGGCCUCAUUUCUAUCAUAACUCUGUAAUCACGUUCCCCUUAUAGUAUUCUAUGUUAUUCUCUGAGUUAUAAUUCAUAACAGUUGGUAUCAGAGCUGCGUUCCUGCCCAUUAGGUUUCCGAUCCUAUCCAAUGGACGGCUGGGAUUAGCCGGUCCUCCCCUUCCCUGGUCGUAGACGGAAUUAUUUCCUGUCGAAGAGUGGGCGACGUUUUCGCCGUGUUUUUUUGGGUAUGUUCGUUAGAGCUUUCGUAUUUUCUGGGUGUUCGGACAGAGUCUUCGGAUUGGCUUCCGAAAAAAGCGAAGGCUUCGUCAUGAGGAGAAAAAUGCACGGGAGUCCCAGGCGGCCGGGAUUUGGUCGUCGGGAGCGUGCGGGAUGGCGACAAUGGAGGGACGUGCCAUCAAGUUGCAGGGUGAAUUGUAGCUAUGUCGCGGGUAUCGGCGUUUGCGGUAGGCGAGUUGCAGGCGAUGGAUGGGACUUAAAGACUGUUUUCGGCAAUGGGCGGAUCCGACAAUUUCGGAACGACACGAUCGCACAAGGACGUGUGGGUGUGCAGUUGUGUGGGAGCAGCUGGGAUUAACAACCUCGGCGCUAUUCACCACGACGGCCAUCUGGAGGUGAUGACACUGUGCUGGAGUGAGUGUACUCUGCGAGGGCGACUUCCCGCGUGGGGAGGCGAUUUUCGUGGAUCAGCGAUUCAUACCCCCAUGAUCAACGGAAACGGAGGCCACCACCCUUGGGUGUGUAUUAGGUGUUUUUCUACCGGUCGCCGAAAGCGUUACCUGCUAGGAACUGAAGCAGUGGAAGAAGAACGACGGGAGUACUGGAGAAGUUAAGGGUUAGCGGCGUUCGGGUUGCUGCUCGCUCAGCUAUGACGCCUGAAUAUCACCAUCUCCAUCAGGUAGCAGUGUUGACUUACUAAUCGACGGCUGGCUGAAUAAGGGGGGGUGAACCUGCAAACUACACUGUGCUGAUGGGGUGUCCUCGAAAUUUAAGGCGUAACUAUUGCAACGGAGCUGAGGGUUUCGCCUGGUGUAGCAGAAGGAGUUUAUGACUUUUGCGGUGUAGUUCGAUGAGUUUCCGACGGAGGAUGGAGCUGUCCAACGGUCAGUAGGCGAGCUCGUUAAAGCUCCUCUGACUAGAAGAGUGCGCACUCCUAUCUCUGUGGAUUCUCAGUUAGUUAAGCAGCAGCGAAGCAGAUUUGGGUACAAGUGUUCAACUCAAGACUUCCGCUGUGCUAUCAAGCACUUUGUUAUAAGGACUUAGCAUUCUGAAAAGAUCCUAGGGCUAUUAUCAGCCCAACACGGCCCUAAGGGCGUCUAUCCGGGUGAGUAUGGUAACUUUGAAGGGUUCAGCAUUCCGAAAUUGGCAAGUCUGAAAAAUCAGGAUCGGCAAAAAAAUUGGUCUGAAAUUUCAGACAAUCAUACUAAAAUGGACUUAUAAAA